AUGAGAAAAUGCAGCAAGUUGUGAAGGCAAUUCUUAUGCUCUCUUUAAUAUGCAUUCUUGUAACGUCUGUGGUUGCUCCUCCGGCUGGCGGUAGUAGCGGUGGUGGUGGAGCAAAGGGAGGUGGAGCGAGCGGCGGAGGUGGUGCAAAGGGUGGUGGAACUAGAACAGGUGGCGGUACAAAUAAUAAUAGAGGCGGCCGAAAUGGUGGAGAUGGUGGUGGUGGUGAUGACGGAGAUCCCGGUAGUGGAAAUAGCGGAAGCAACGGUGGAACUACCGGAGGAGCCACCGGGGCACGGCCGCUUCCUAUUCCACGCGGGAAUCCAUCGAGCAACAGUCCCUCCACCACGUUUGUAUGGAGCUAUGUAGCUAUUUCCCUACUCCUGGCAUACACUCCAUUUAUCAGAUAAAUUGUACAUUUGAAUCGUAGUAGGUACAUGCAUGUAAAUUGUUGUCAAAACGAAAACAACGUUAUAUUUUCCUUAGUAUAUAUGGUAGUUUGAUGGUAUUUACGGAGUAUUUAUUAUGCUUUAUACUCAUGUCAUCUUGUUUUAACAUUGGUAACAGAAACAUAUGUAUUAACUUGUACGAAACUGCAGCACCCAAUAUUUGAUUGUUCCUUAGGUUUA